GAGUCGGAGGAAGACGUCUCGCCAGAGAUUCUACAGUUGCUCUUACCGGACCAACAUUUGGUAAUGAGCCUCGCAGACUACCACUUGGAAUCUCUCCUCUGGUAUCAUGAUUCUUUCCGUGGACCGAGCUUCCGCAGACAGCUGAACGACUUCUUCGGGCAGCAUCGUGGUCAGAUACAACACCCUGAUGUCGACCUGCAAUGGGUCGCUGUGCUCUUUGCGGUCUUAUGCGGCAGUAUUUGUUGUGGCAGCAGAAGCGCCUUGUCGCGUUGGGGGUUUCAUGAACACGAGCAAGAGUUGUUGAGCAAAAAGUGGCAUCGCGCAGUGGUGACUUGUCUGAACCGAGCGCAUUAUAUGGCGAGACCAUCGAUUCGCUCUUGCGAAGCAAUCGCCACUCUGACAAUUUGCGCUCAUAUACUUGGAUACUCCAACCAGCAGGCUGUGCUUCUUGCAUCAGCUGUACGAAUCGCGCAGAGCCUGGGACUACAUCGGCCUGACGACACGUCACCCAAGACCGUCGACCGUGAGACUGGGAGAAGAGACUGGACUCAACUCUGCAGCCAAGACUGGUUUUCGAUACCAUUCUCCGAAUGCUACCUCGUGAAUCCGAUCUACUUACGUACACUGGAAGCCGUCAAUUGUAACGAUAUCACGCUUGAGUUGCUGCCAGACGAUGUGCCCACGGCCACCAGCUAUUGCCGAUGUCUUCAUCGUAUUGCUGCACUGAUGCCACCGCUGCAGGACGCGAUUACCAUCUCAAAUACGUCUUACACCAAGUACGAACAGGUCAUGAAAUUCGACAAGAAGAUGCGGACCUUUGCAUCCGAGCAAAGGCCUGAAUUCCUAUGCAACGUGCCACUUGCACCUUCCUGGCCGAAAUGGGUGGUAUGGGCACGAAGUGCAGCUGCCAUCAGCAGCGCUCACAAGAUCAUCAUGAUUCACCGUUCCUUUUUGACCAUGAGCUUCACGAACUCGGCCUUCACCUUCACGAGAAGAACGUGUAUAGCAGCCUCGAAGACCAUCUUGAAAGAAAUGCCACGAUUAGCGGCGGAUGACACGCCGGUGCUGUGGAUCUUUCAUGCUUUCGUUGUUGCCGCCGGCAUUACCUUGGGCCUUGACGCCUUGCACAGAGACGCACAUGAUCCCGCAUGUACAGAACACUGCAUGCUCAUGGAAGAUUCUGUACGACUUCUGAAGACCGCGCACAAUAGCAAGAUUGCAAGUCGAGGCGUGAGGAUUUUGUCUGACCUG